AUGACAGUCAUAAGCGAUAUCAUCGAUGAAUUAAAUGAUUCAUGUUUCACUCCCACAAGGCUUCCAGAUUUGUGUUUCAAAUUACGAGAGAAGGCAAAUGGUGCGUGCGCAAUUACGGUAGCCGAUGAGAUCAAACUUAUCGAAUCUUUAUCAUACCGCUCCAUAUCUCCAGGAUUAGACAUACAAAUCAAUAAAGAUGUUUUGGAGACUAUAGACCAGUACUUCCAGCGUAGCAAAAGUAGGCACGAUGAGAUUAUGGGGGCCCUUAUUUCUACGUUACAACCACUACUUCUAAAAGGCAAAAGCCACUCAGAGCUCAAAGAGCAACAUAAUCUUGGUCUAAAACCCACACUUGGAAUGUCUUUGAAAGAAGAUAACUUCAUACAAACGUGGGUAAGUCAGGGUGGCUUGAAAAGCAUUCCAUUAUUCUACGUAAUUUUGUUACAUUUGAAGAGAAAAGACAUAUCUACCAAUCUUUCUUGGAUUAUUCCAGGAAUUCUCAACAUACUAGAUGACACCACUGAUAUAAGAAAAAUCAAACUUCGGGGGGUCCUCUUGCUGCAAACGCUCCUAAAUCAUACCUUUAUGAACGAGAUCAAUGACUCAAAAUGGAUACAAUUCUCUAAUACCGGUCUAUUUCCACUGUUCGAAAAGACGCUAAUCAAUAUGUGCUAUUUUCUUCCUCCUUCAUACAAUGCUGAUGAAACAAUAGCGAUAUGGCGGAUCGUUUUUCCAACAAUACAUUCGUUAUAUAGAGUAGAAUUUUUCGACGAUUACACUAGGUACCAAUAUCAUCUAGAAAAGUUCAUGUCAGAGAUCCUUUUGCAAAGCAUAAUUCCCAGGGCUAGUGUUACCUACGAAAACUUGACGCUAUACGCAUUGGAAACCGCAACGAACAUACUCAAACUUCAAAAAGAAGGGUCUGUUGUACAUCUACAAAGGCUGAUAUUUGUUUUAGGUGAGUAUAUAGUACGAAAUCCUUUUUACUCAACUUUUCCAAAACUAGUUUCAAAAACUCUUUCAGUGAUAGGCACUCUCAUAAAUAUUUGCCCAAAUGAAAGAAUAGUGGCUCAUAAGUUCGACAUUUUAUCACUAAUUUUAGUUACAUACGAUAAGUGUUCGCAAGAGGAUGCGUUGAACGAAUCAGUACUAGAACAGUGUAAGGAAACAAUAAAAAGGUUACUGGAUUGCGACUGCGGUAUGGAAGAUCAGUUAUCGACAUUAUCUAAGCAACCGCGUUUUCAGUUGCUCUUUGAGUUUUCGUAG